AUGAUUUCUCGUGUUUCCUCGGCUGGGCCAAGUUCUCUCCGACCACACAUGAGAAGGAUAAAGUGCUUCCCGCAUGCACAUCCACCCCCCGCAGGCUCGACUCACUCCCACCACCACCCCCUCCGCUCCAACUUCAGCACAUCCUCUCGAAGUCAGAGUAACGCCCCCCAAUUCAAGUUCAAGCCCGAUUUCUACGUCGUACCACCCAUUCCUUCCAAUACACCCAUCUCACCACCACCACUUCCCAUUCCGCCCGCUAUUCCGCAAGUCCAUAAGCAAAAGCAAGAGCCAACGGCCAAGGCCAAGGCUUUCGAGGAGCUAUCCUUCAAGGCUUGGAAGAAGAGACAACGAAAGGCUUGGAGAAAGAAACAACGAAAGGCAUCGGAGAACACGUCACUGCAGGCCUCUACUUCAAGGCUGACAGAGCCUUUGUAUCUACCGGCGCCGGAGCAUCUGCGCAAGGAUGCACGCGAACCGUACCAUGAACCUUCGACGUCGGAGUUGAAGAAGGAUGACGAUGCGUCCCUCAUUAUCACCGAACGAAGUGACGUCCGCGAGGUUGAGGUUGAAGAACAGGCCGAAACCCUCUUCCGAUAUCUCACAGCUCUCCCCUUCCCCGACUUCAUCUCUACCAUUCGAACACACUAUCACCACCCAUCCAACCAUGACCCAGAUCACGACCAACAGACUCCAUCCACCGCACGCUCCGACCGACCAUCCCAAUCUCCAUCUUCAUCUCCGCAGCCAUCAUCUCCAGCCAAACCGCGUCCACGCCCGCGGCCGCAAUUAGUGGAGAACCUCCGGUGGCGCGUCAAAUGGGAGAAAACGUUGGAGCGGAAAAGACGAAACUCGGCGUCAGCGCUGACGUCGGACGCAUCGAACUCAAGUCUUCAUUCGGGUGCGGAAGAUGCUACGUAUUCGUCGUUCCUCACGCCCCAGACAUCUUCAUCACCGGCCCCAUCCCCACCCCGCACGCUCACUCCCUCACCUUCAUCUUCAUAUUCAUCUUCGCCGUUACUCUCGCAUCGUCUAUAUACCGCACCGUCGAUCUAUGGGGUUCUGAUACGUCCAGAAUGGAUCGAGAAGGCGAAGGAGAGGUAUAAGUUGAGGAAAGAGGCUCAAAUCGGAGGUUACGGUGGUGGGAGCAGAGGGUGGAGGUGGAGAGUAGGCAAGUACAGGGUAGGGUUCGGACGAAAAACCAUUCCAAUCGAAUCGAAAACGUGUUGAGAGCGAGGGUGGUCGUUAAACGUGGAUGGUCAUGAAGCGUGAGGUGUGAGGAUCGGCAGAGGACGGAGAGCGUAUCCUGAUCAAUACUGAUGAAUUGGGACCUUCCUGAGAAUGAUAAGACGGGAGAGCGAGGGGUCCACCGUACGAAGUUGGAAGAAAGGACUGUUUUGGUGGCACGCACGAGAUGAGAAAGAGGCAUGGACAUGGAGGCCACUCCCGUUCAUUCACUCCUCCGAAUAUCGAUGGGUGACGAACAAAACUUCGACUCGACUCGUCUAACUUCACAUCCUCCGAAUCCGCACCAUCGGACUUGCUUCCGCCGCUCUUACCCAUCUGUUUCGCCACAUCGCUCCGUGCACGACUUUGGUAUCGCACUCGACCCUGGCUACUCAGGUCAAUAUCAUGGAAUCAUAACCCCCACCCAUCGCGAUUCACCCAUCCAUUCGCCCGUCGGCUCUUCGUACAUACAACCAAGGAUGAAUAUGUGCCUGUGACCUACACCACCGACUGCCGACCUCUCUUCCACCUUCCGUGGGCUACGAAGACCGCCAUAACCUUUGGUUACCGGUCUAUCGUUUCGUUUCGGACCACUGGGAAUGUCUUUUGAGCUGUAUACCUAUAUUCCCAUGUACCGGUACGCCGAUCGGGAUUGAGUACGCCUUCGCAGUUGUCCAGGAUCACUAUUACCGCCACCGCCACCGCCACUACGCCAAGUCCCAGUCAUCACCUCCACUCACCACUG